AUGCACUUUACCGGGUCCCCCUCACUACACACGGUCCCGACGCACAACCCCAUCGGCGAGGAGGUGGACACGGAACUCUUCGUUCGCCAGGUUAGGGAACUCUUUGCCACGCUGCGGCAGACGCAGCUUGUAGAGCAAAUACAUGAAAUGCGCACGUGCCCGUACUACGACUGCCUCUUUACCGCGGAUGUUACUUUUCAGCACUACGACGUUGUGUUGCCGAUGCCCAAGUACGGUAGAGAGCACCGCAGCUCCGAGGUCAGCGAGACGCUGCGGUACCUGUGGGCCUGUGGAGCGACGGGUGACUUCAAUCACAUUCUGCAGGACAUAAAGGGCGGUGCCGCGAGUGGUGGAGAUUUUGUGUCAACCUCGCACAGUAUCCUCAUGGCAUACGGCACGGACCGCACAAACAAGCUUUCCAUGAUGGCGCUUACCGGCAGUGGGGCCCCCAACGAGGCAGCCGCCGUGCAGCAGCGGGCGCUGAAUGUGGUACUAAUUGAACUCUCCUCGGCUGCCCCGCCACUUGCCGACGUAAUGGCCUUCGCUGGCAAGCGCACCCUCAUUCUGCAGGAUACGGUUUACGGACGUCAUGCGGCGGAGGCGGCCGUGCGUGGGAUUUCGAAGGUUCCGUGGCAAGUACUUCGGGUGGAGCUGGGCUGCAGCUUCCUCUCGCACCUCUGCAGCGUGAAUGCGGUGUACGACGUGCUUGUGGAUCAGGACUACCCAACCUCCAUGGAACGCGUGGAGGAAGCCGGCCUGAACCCCUUUCCGGUGGAGUGGACGGAGCCGCGAAAGCUUGGGAUUACGAUGCGCAUCGUGUGCCUUAUUGCCCGCUUCACCCGCGGCACGAUGAGUGCGGGGGGCUACGCCGACAGCGACGGCCACCGCGCGGCGUCCUUCAACUACCACUCCCGCAACAUUGCGAAGAAUAGUCGUCUCUUCCAAAACUGCCACCGCCGUUAUGGCUAUAGCGGGGCGCCGCUGGAAGCGCAGCUGCGGUCAGGGGAGCUGCCGGAGCCCGUCUAUCAGCGCCCACCGCAGUACGCGCCGCCCAUGCAUUGCACCGGUGGCCUUACGGAGCCCGACGCGGGGCAGAGGCGGUGA